UGUGUCUUUAAGUGGGAUUCUCCGGUGCUGUGCGGUAGGAGGGGUUGUGGUGACGCUCGCUGGCUCUUUGGUGCUGAGCUGAACAGCGAUUUCACCUGCAGUUGAGAGCACACGGAGUCAGGACGGUCUUCUACAACCGACGAGCCUACUACCGCAAACCGGCGACAGAAGGACCAUCCUAGCGCAGGCACCAGGGAAAUUGUACCAUUCUCCAAAGAAUUGGGGCCGAAUCAGAGUACUUCAAGCAGCCUCCGCUCGCUUGCAAGGAUGAAAACAGGCUUCGUUAUCUUACUAAUGGGAAUCAUCCUACUGGACUCAUCUUGGGUGACUAAGGGAGACCUACCACUGAAAGCAUCGUGCCAGCCCGGAUUUUCUCAAAGUUUUUAUACCUUGCUCGUUUCAAGGGAUGUACUGCAAGGCCGGAGCAUUCUCAAAGAUACCAUGGUGUCAUCAGGAGGAGUUAAGUUCGAGAGGUGCUUUCGGAACGCGAGCGUAGACAUGGCGAGCAGCGACCCCAGCUUCGGCGUGAAGGACGACGGCUCCGUCUACGCCCGCCGCGACGUGAGCGACCUGAGCCUGAGCGAGCCCGUCCAGUUCCGGGUGACGGCGCGAGACGCUCCCAACGAACGGGCCUGGGAGACCACCAUCAAGCUGACCCUGGCGGACGAGCCGCCAUCACCCGCACUAACACUGCUCACCAAGAGUCAGGCGCUGCCGGAGCGGAGUCCGAACGGGAAGAUCUACGGACCGCGGCCCGUGCCUUUCGUCGUGCGCUUCCCCAGGAAAACGCGGUCCAACGGGCUGCGGCGCCGCAAGCGCGACUGGGUGAUCCCGCCCAUCAACGUGCCGGAGAACUCGCGCGGGCCCUUCCCUCAGAUCCUCGUCAGCAUUCGCUCGGACAAGGACAAGUCCAAUCAGAUCCGCUACAGCAUCACCGGCGCAGGAGCUGACCAGCCGCCCAACGAGGUGUUCCAGAUUCAGCCCGUGACGGGGAAGAUGUCCGUCACCAGGCCACUGGACAGAGAGGAGCGCUCGUUCUACCAUCUGCGAGCGCAUGCCGUGGACAUGAACGGCAUCCAGGUGGAGACUCCCAUUGACCUGUACAUCAACGUCAUCGACAUGAACGACAACCGACCCGAGUUCCAGAACCAGGUCUACAACGGCUCGGUACCAGAGAACGCCAGGCCAGGCACGUAUGUGAUGACCGUGACGGCCACGGACGCGGAUGACAACGCCACGUCCAACGGCAUGGUGCAGUACCUGAUCAAGACGGAGCUGCCCCACAACCCCGUAUCCCAUCUCUUCACCAUCAACAGCGAGACCGGAGACAUCGCCACCGUGGCUGCAGGCCUGGACCGAGAGAAAGUGCCUCAGUACACACUCAUCGUCCAGGCAACCGAUAUGGAAGGCGCCCAAAGUUACGGUCUGUCCAACACAGCCACUGCCAUCAUCACCGUCAUCGAUAUCAACGACAACGCACCGGAGCUGACCGAUAGCACGUUCUCUGGAGAGGUGAAGGAGAACGCCACGGGCGUCAUAGUAACCAACCUCACGGUGAUCGACCGCGACCAGCCCCACACGCCCAACUGGAACGCCGUCUACAAGAUCGUGAGCGGAGACCCCCACAACCACUUCACCAUCAACACCAACCCGGAGAACAACGACGGCAUGGUCACCGUGGUGAAGGCGGUGGACUACGAGCAGAAUCGUGCCUUCAUGCUGAACGUGGCGGUGCAUAACCAGGUGGUGCUGGCCAGCAACAUCGCGGCGUCGCAGCAGCACACGGCCGGCGUCACCAUCUCCGUGCAGGACGUCAACGAGGCGCCCGCCUUCAUCAACAACCCCAAGUACAUCCGGCUGCAGGAGGGCGUGCCCGCCGGACACUCCGUCUGCUCCUUCAUGGCCAAGGACCCCGACAUCUUCAUGCAGCAGUCCAUCAGGUACGCUAAGCUGUCCGACCCUGCCAACUGGCUGACCAUCAACUCCAGCAACGGGCAAAUCUACACGACUGCUGUGCUGGACCGUGAGUCCAUCUUCGUCAAGAACAACAUCUACGAGGCUACAUUCCUAGCAGCAGAUAAUGGCUACCCUCCGCGGAGUGGUACGGGGACGCUGCAGAUCUACCUGACGGACGUGAACGAUAACCCACCUGCCGUGCUGCCACGUGAGGCCCAGAUCUGCGAGCGGGGUCGCCACGGCAGCUUCGUCAAUGUCACGGCGACCGAUGCCGACGAGAUGCCCAACGGCGGGCCCUUCAGCUUCGACCUGCACCCCAGCGCCCAGCGCAACUGGACCAUCUCACGGCUCAACGCUGAUCAUGCCCGGAUCAGCUUGAGAAUCCAGUACCUGGAGUCGGGCGUGUACGAGGUGCCGGUUACGGUGAUGGACUCGGGGAACCCCACGCUGACCAACCAGUCCAGCAUCAUGGUGAAGGUGUGCCCGUGCGACGAGAACGGAGACUGCUCCACCACCGGGGCCGUGGCGGCCGCUGGCCUGGGCACUGGAGCCAUCAUCGCCAUCCUCAUCUGCAUCAUCAUACUGCUCAGCAUGGUGCUGCUGUUUGUGGUGUGGAUGAAGAGGAGGGAGAAGGAGCGGCAGACGAAGCAGCUGCUCAUCGACCCCGAGGACGACGUGCGGGACAACAUCCUCAAGUACGACGAGGAGGGGGGCGGAGAGGAGGACCAGGACUAUGACCUGAGCCAGUUGCAGCAGCCGGAGUCCCUGGAGCACAUCAUGAGCAAGCCCAGCGGGGUGCGGAGGGUGGACGAGAGGCCGGUCAUCCCCGAGUCGCAGUACCCCAUCCGGCCCAUCCUGCCCCACCCCGGGGACAUCGGAGACUUCAUCAACGAGGGCCUGAGGGCGGCGGAUAACGACCCCACGGCUCCGCCGUACGACUCGCUGCUGGUGUUCGACUACGAGGGCAGCGGCUCCACCGCCGGCUCGGUCAGCUCGCUCAACUCCUCCAGCACCGGCGACCAGGACUACGACUACCUCAACGACUGGGGCCCGCGCUUCAAGAAGCUGGCCGACAUGUACGGCGGAGGGAACGACGACUAAGAGCGCCCUCUUGACUCCCGACGCCAACACACCCCGGCCCAAAAAUGAAAGAUGGAGGUUCCCACACCCCCACCAACCACCCGACCCCCAUGCCAACUGGCCAAGCUCUCCAAUCACAGAGCAGGACUCUCUUAACAGCCACACCCACAACCCACAAAACAACCAACCGAUUCAAACCAACAUUUUCUGUCACAUGUCACAUCAUGAAACAGACAAGGACUUGACAGCGAGGCAGCUUUGUGUACUAUCCUCUGCUGACAGUCUUUGAAAAACAAACAAAAAAAAGACAAAAGAACAUUGUGUUGUGGUUUUUAUCCUCUCCUUUCUUUUGUAUUCUGAUUUUGACUAUUAUUUUUUCUCUCUCUCUCUCUCUUCGAUGAAGGUAUAUGUUAACAGUAUUUUACUCAUUUGAGUUAAGUAAGUGCAAGCUUUUUUUUUAAGAUGUGUAAUACCAGUCGCUCCAUAGUCUCUGCCCAGCUGCCCUUACCUGGCACACAUCCCUUGACCGUCUCUCCUCAUUCGUCCUGCAGUCCUCCACCGAUGGCCAGGUCGAGUUGCAUUCUGCUCGAGGAGACCGAAAAGAUACAAAAAAAAAAAAAAAAAAAGAAGAAGAAAAAAAACCCUCCCACAGCAUUCUCACGUGAGAAAGAGAGUGUAUGAAAGGGAAAGAGUUGCUAUCUCACUUAACUUGAAUUCUUCUGAAGAGAGAAGCACUGUUGUUUAAGAAGUGCCUUCACUGGUGCAUUUCUUUCUUUCUUCGUUUCUUCCUUACUUACUUACUUACUUGCUUUAUUUGUUUUGUUUUGUAAUUUGUUUGUUUGGGUUUUUUUUUCCGCUGUUUGGAACUUCGUCAAUCUCAGGAUUGGUUGGCCACACGGAUGGCUGGCGUGUCCCUCCUCUGACAAGCCCAGUCUGAUGCCCCAUCCCACCUCUGGCCCAGUGCAGGAGCCUCAUCGGCUGUCUGGCUAUUGAGUUGAGAUUUGGCCUUGUGGAUUGUAGGGUUAUACCAGUUAGUCUAGACAGAAUCAUGUUGUCAAGUGCUUCAUGUAAAGUUGUUUCCUUUUUUUAUCGCGUGCUUUAAAUGAAAUAGAGGGAUUAGUUAGGAGAGGACAUGGGAGAAAAAGCGAUUUGUUUGUUUUUUUCUCGUCCAAACGCUGAGAUGGGAGUGUGCCAAGUGUGAGAGCCUAUACUGUACGUUGGCACAGCAGAGACGUGCAUUCCUAAUCAGACUAUGUGUAAAUCCUUUAAUCAAACUGUGCGUGGAAAUUCAAUGAUUGUUGAUUGUAUUGAUACGUAAACGUGCAGAAACAAGCUGUAGCUUGGAUGGCUGUUCAAAUCUUGGAUGUCCACCUGUGUGUGUGUGUGUGUGUGUGUGUGUGCGUGUGUGGGUGUGUGCGUGUGUGUGUGGGUGUGUUUGCUGUGUUUGAUCCCCCGCUGAAAGCAGGACACUUUAGGGCAGCAAAUGUGUGUGUGUGCGUGUGUGCAUGUGUGUGUGUGUGUGUGUGUGUGUGUGUGUGUGUAUACUGUACUGACUUUGUCAAUUUGUUGUGAAGGAUUGGAAUUGGUAUUGGGCGAAGCCCAAGGGGACAGUGGCUAUCGUGAUUAAACCUCUCUUUUCAGAGGUGACAUGAUUGGUGUGUGCGGAACGGAACGGGUGGCAGGGGAAUGCAUGAUGUUUCUCCCCAACACUCUCAACGUGUUACUCUAGUGCGUAGGGUUGAUUAUUUGAAUUGAUGAAACCAAUAUAUAUAAACUGUAAAAAGUCCAAACGAUGUACAAAAAAAAGGGAAGGGAAAAGAUCCUAUUUUUGAAGUGUUUAGGAAACCUUAAGCAGUUGGUGCUCUAGUUGAUGUUUUUUUUUCUCUCUCUUUCUUUCUUUCCUUUGCUGUUGAGAGGGUUACAGAGCACCACACCCAAAGUACUCAAAGGUCUCUGAGCCUCGACUUCUCUACCCCUUUAGAACCUGCCUCCGCAGGGGGCUCCUCUCAAUGAUUUGCCCCCCACUGCGGUUCACACAGACGAUUGACGACUCCUUUUCAAAAUCAUAUCUUUCUUAAGUCACAGUGAGCCAGUGAGAUCGCAGUAUGACAGUGAAGCUGCCUGGAUUACACGUUUCCAGUGUCAUUAACCCUGAAAGCUACUCGUUAUUCCAAUACUUUUUGGGGAAUGUGGUCGUUUUAGUCUUUUUCUAAUUGUCAGUGGUUCGUGUGAUGACAGCUGUGCUCUCAAGGGAUAAAAAAAAACUUCCACACAACUCUGCCAGUGAAAUACUCAUUGUAAUUCUCAUAAGGCCGACCCACCAGUCUCCAAAUAGACGAGGCAGCAAGUGCAAAGUAGAUCCUUUGUAUGCUGUAACGAUUAGAUAUGCAAACUUUUGCCUUUACCGUUUUUAAAAAAUCUCAGCUUCCCCCUCCGGCCCACAGUGUUCAGCACCCUGCUCCCUGAGCCAUUCCCCUAGUGAAACAUGGUGACGCUGUGGGACUGCAACAGGAGUUCUCUCCACAAGCCAUUACGGUGGAAGCCCUGGGAAUAAGCAGGAACAGGCUCCAGGGGGAAGCCACCUCUUGUCGGACCUUUCCCAGUCUUCGGUCACAACAUCCAUGUGUCAGAGCCACUAUUUGAAUGUGAUGCAAUCUGUCAGCACGCACUGAUAUGAGCUGAUUAGACACACCUGUGAGGUGUGGGAGAGAGGGCCUGGCAGUCCAGACUGGCCGAUGACACAUUGUGUUGCCACACAUUAGCUCGACCCAUCUCUCCCUUUGGGCGCUGCCGCCCAUGUAACUGUGGUUCACAUUUCAAGGACAGUAUGCCUUAUCGAUUCCCAAGGCAGGGGAGGGAUAGCACAGGAUUUUUGUCAUUUGUGCCGUGAAGUGGUCUAGUCUUUCUCCUGCCUUUCCCCCCGACUCUCUGUCCGUCGUAUCGUAGUUAGCAGCCUUCAGGGUCCAGGCUAGUGCCAGUGACCGGUCUCGUUUGUCAGUGGUCAACAUGGCUGAUGGUGUUUCCUCCAACAGAACAAAGGACCAAGUCUAACCAACUAAAGGUACUUCAGCCUCUUACACCUUCCAUCUUCAGACAGCCAUCGGGCUGGUGCCGUCAGGUCGUGGUGGCCACGUACUUGGUGAGACCACGCUGUAACUUAGACCCUACUAAAGUACGGAACCAUCCGGAACCGUGCGACCCGACGCUUCCCAAACCAACCCCAUCCCCCCAGUAACCACACCACAACCCCCAUCACAACAAAUGCCUUGCGUUAGCCAAUGAGCAGGAAGCCGUGGUAGUUAGUUCAAGGUGAGCUUUAUGUUCAGUGCAGUGCAGUGCAGUAGCUGUGCCGUUCUGGAGAUGCCUCUGCACACUCACAGUUCCCUGCAGGGGAUGUGGCUUUAUCAUAUGUGUUCAUGUCUCAUUGCUUCUGUUUCGCUUUGGCAUAGCAAGCCUGAGGGCACACAUACACACACACACACACACACACACACACCCACACACACAUACACUCUCUCUGAAACAGCCACUGCAUUUUUUUAUUUGUAUGUCACAAACAGUUGAAAUAAAUGUAACUGAUGUAUAUAAACUUAUUUCUUUAUCUGUUUUGUUUCGAUUUCUUUUGUACCGCUACACAAGUUUUUAACCAUCAUUCUGUAUGAACUUAGCUGAUUUUGUAUAUUCUCUUAGAUUUAUUUUUUAUAUGUAUUUCACUUCUUGUUUUGCUUUUUUUUGUUUGAUCGCAGUGUUUUCGGUUAUUUCAUGUUGUUUUUCUGUGAAGAAUAGCAAGCUUCAACACAGUCAAGAAAGCCAUUUGAGUUUAUAGUAAACUCCAAGGAAUUCUAAGCCUAUGGCCAACCCAUCUAACCACUGUUUGUCGUUGAAAACAUAGUUGUUGUAUGCCAUUCUUUUCCCCAAAAACACACACUCCAAAACACAUUCAUGCACACCCAGACAGAAACGCUGGGUCUAAAACCCUGUCUGCAUCCAAAAUCCAUCAUGCCGCGGUGCUAUCCAGACAGCUCAAUCCCCCGCCGCCUAGGUUCGCCUCGUUGGUCUAUAGCCUACCUGGUGCCUCGUCAGAUCCCCUCAGUCCGCUGUCUGGGAAACAGGAGGCAGAGCUGCCAGGCCCCGCGGGCCCUUAACGGAUGAGGGGAGAAAGGCCAAGCGCUCGGCGCGACACCCCAAAAAUAAACACCUGUCUCCCACCUAGCCGCCCAUUUUUUGUUUUUUUUCUACAUUUGCGUUCGCCGUAUCUAAAAAUGAGUUGUUCGCUUUCAGCAGCAGCCAUUGCUUACGGAUCAGUCCGUAGGCUGCAGGCAGAGCGCAAGUAUGCGGUGAGAGAGAUAGAGACAGAGAGA